GAAGUUAAUAUAAUGGCUCAGGCGACGUUGCUGAUUUCGUAUGGUAGACUAGGUUAAGUCAGGCCAUAGUACUAGAGUUAGGCUUAACGAUAAGCUAACAGGUUAUUGCGUUUUUACUGUGUAUGAUUGUGUACUUAGGAAUUAGAUUACACACGACAGCGUAAUUGGUUUUAAUAAUUUAUGUUUCGUAGGCAAUGUUAAUUGGAAGAUCUUCACUUAUUUCAGAUUUUGAAAUAUUCUAAGAUGUCAAGACUAGGCACGAAGACUUACAGCCGGAAACAGGAAUGCAAGACCAGUUUAAAUUUUGAUCAGCUUCUUUCUGAAAAAUGUAACAAGCCCUCAACAGCCAAGGUAUCAAUGACAUCAGUACAUCGGUGGGGAAUGACUUCAUUUACGUCACUUCGAAAGUCUCAGUUAAAUGGUCGUUCUGAGAGUUCUUUAGAAGAGAAAAAUAUUUUCAAAAAGCCAAGAGUGGAACCAACGGGAUCAAGUGGAAAGAGUGAUUUAAAUAGUUUCACUAAAGAAACAGAUUUUUCUCCCUCUGUCUUUAUUCCUAAUGUUGCAGUUGGUACAGUUUCUAGCAGUUUGUCAGUUACAGAUUCUGAUAUAACAGAGGAAAGAAAAAACAUUGCAAAACCAAAAAAAUUUUUUAAAAGUAGUGAUCGUAUUUUGAAAACAUAUGGGGCUUUACCAUUAUCAAGGACAAAUGAAAUUUUAACUUCAAAACCACAGAGCAAUUCAGAAAGUGGAGCAUUAAAACUAGAUUCACUCUCUCUCCAUACUGCCACUGCAAAAAUAGUAUCAGUUCAGAAAGUUGACGACAGUACUAAUCUUUUACAUGAAGAUGACAGUAAGUAUGUGUCCAGUGAAAUAACUAAAAAUACUGAAUUAGAUCUCGUAAAAAAUGCAUCACAUCAUUGUGCUUCCGUUAAUGUGUGUAAUGACUUACCAAAAUACAAGGAUUUUGAUAGGCUUGUGGAUGAAGAGUUCGUUAUAAAAAGAAAGAUGGAUGGAAUGGGAAGAAGUGUUGUGUCUUGUACUCCUGAUCAGCGUACUGAAAUUCCUGCUCCAGAUUUUGAUUCACAAGAUCAUCAAACAUUCUCACCUAGUGAUAAUUUUAUAAAUUACAAAUCAGAACAAGUGCCCCAUGUCGUACAGACGUAUUCUAGAAGAAAAGCAAAACAAACGGUUGAAAUGAAUCAACUGCAACAUCCAGUAUGUGGAGACAUUCAGUCAUCUAAUUGUGAAGGUGAUCCAUCUCAGGGUAGCCAAGUUUUGAAAACUGAUACAACAUCCACUCUUUCAAGAUGUAAUUUAUCUGAAGAAGAAUAUCAUACAGAUGAACUCACUGAAGCUAGAGAUCUGAAGAAAGAGAAUCCUCUAGAUACAAACAUGUUACUCGAAUCAUUCAGACAAGAUAUUUCAAAAGAAUCUAUGCAGUCAAAACUUAGUCAACCAGCUUUGCGCACAAAAAAGAUCUUCAGCAGCCCAAAAAAGCAUAAAGCUGUAUAUAACCUCAGACACUGGCAGUCUUCUCGGGAAGCCCAGGAAAUGACUGAGGAUGAUACUUUUAAGAAGCCAACUGUAGCUGAAGAGUUUGAAGAUGAGGAAGAAUUGUUAGAAACUACUUCACAGACAAUAUUUACAAGGCAUGCGCAACAACCUACAAGACCAUGGCACGAUCCAGUGACUUCUGUUAAAUGUCCAAGAAAAGUAAAAGAACUGUAUACUGUGGUGAGAAAUGUAAAACAAGCCCACCAGUGCCAUGAAUUUGGAGAAACACAGGAAUUCAAUGAUGACAUAGAAUAUCUCCUUGAAGGUGUACAGUCUUCUAAUGGAAUUGGAACAAGAUGUUUGAGUGUUCUCAGCCUAGCCACCAAAUGCAUGGUUCCGUCAUUUCGUAUUCACGUACGUGCCCAUGGAACUGCUCCCAAAAUUUUCAGUGCCUUAAUGGAUGCUCCAGCAGACCCAAACCUAGCAUUGUGCACAGCCACUCUGCUGUUUAUUCUCAGCCAAGAUCUGACAAUGGACCUUGAUGCUGGUUCACUCUCACUGAUGCUGCAGCUUCUGGAGACUGAUCCUGAAGAAAUUGACCCAGAAAUGAUAUCACAGAGUUCUUCAGAAGAUGAUGUUCUUAUUGGCAGAGUUCAAGUCUCUAAAAACCGUGAGAAGGUCAGACAGCUUUGUGAGCAAAUGAAACAGAAAGGGCAUGCAAAGCAUCUCAGCUUAGACAAAAUAAAUACAGGAAAUUUGGCAAUGGAAACGCUCCUGAGUUUGACCUCCCGAAAAGCAGGUGAAUGGUUUAAGGAGGAAAUGAGAUCACUUGGUGGUUUGGAUCAUCUAGUGGACACAGUAAAAGCCUGUGUGGGAUAUUUUAGUCCAGAAGAUCCAUUAGAAGAUCCUGAAGAUAUUCAGCUGGAUAGGAUAAGAAAAAUUGACCGAUGUCUCAGAGUCUUAGAGAAUGUAACAUACAUGAAUGGUGAUAAUCAGGCAUAUCUUCUUUACUAUAAGGAAUCAGCCCUUGUGUCAUCGUGUGUUAGGAUGAUGAGAGCAUGCAGAGUUAGUAUCCCUCAUCACCCUCUCCAGUCUUUGCCAGCCAUCAAUGACACAGUACCUCUCAGUAAUCUGGAGGGGACGGGAGCUGCCCUUUUGUCUUGUGUUUUGACACUUCUGAAAGUUCUUCUUAAUUUGACACAUGAGAACUGCUUGGGUAGUCAGUUGGUGGGCUCACAGUAUGGCUUGUUGGACUGUGCUUUAUCAUGCAUCCUUCAAUUGCCUCACUACAUGCCUCUGGAACAAAAAUUUGAUCUUUUAGUGUUGUCUUUGGGUCUGAUGAUCAACCUGAUGGAAAAUUGUAGUGAUAACAGAGAGAAGUUUAUUGUUGCUCAAACUCUUGGGUCAUUUGAUUCACAGAAUGAUGGAGAAAUGGUGUCAGCGGUUGAGGCCUUUGUUGAUGUUUUUGUGGAUCGGAUAGAUGCUGCACGUCAGUCUGAGGAACAAGCAGAUGCUCUUCUAAGCACACCCGAAGAAAAAAAGCAGCAGGCUCAAAGUGAAAACACGGAAGACAAAACUCAAGAAAGUGGAGCAUCUUCAUCUCAGUCUUCACAAGCUGAGGACUUGGAAGAAACUUUAAUGAAAGUCUUCAAAAAGACAGGAAAGAAUAUGGAACACAGUAUCAUUGCAGCCUAUAUUGCUAUUCUGCUGGGUUGUGUAAUCCAGCAUAGUAAGGACUAUGCUGAUCUUCUGAGAAGUCAUAUGCCAGAUGGAAAUUUUGCUAUCAUGGUAGAAGUGCUCAGAAAGUUCUACAAUUUUGUUAAUUUAACAGGUGUGGUGGGAAAUACUGGUGUCAAAUCUAUACAUCAUGUGAUUAAUAUUCUAGAAAGCAGCUGAUUGGUGAAGAGAGAAAUUAUUGAAGGGUUAGUCCAUUAAUCAAACCUGCAUGACUUGUUGAAAUUAACUGCAGUGCUGCUAUCUAAAGGUAUGCAUGGAACAGAUAACCAAAGAAUCCAAAAGAAAUUGUAAGAGUCAUACAUACAUACAUACAUACAUAUAGUUAUGAGGAAUGUUUCAAAAGGUUUAUAAGAAGUGGAUUCUAGAAAUAUGACUUGAAAGCAGAAGCUCCUUGGGGAAAAGAACCACUUGUAUAAUGUUUGUGGAUCCAUUUGAAAUGUGGCUCAGCUUGAUGUUGUGCCUUUUUUUGAAAUAGGUCAUCCACCUGUAUGAUUGUUUCGUGAGUGCAAACUUGUUAUCAUUCUGAUUUGCAGUUAUGUCGUCACAGAUGAUAAAUGAUACCCAUUUUCCGAACCUGUGUUUACUGUUUCAUUUGGUUUUUAUUUAACACUUUGUAAUAUCAGCAAGAGAUAGUUGCAACAUUGGUAUUAUCUGUAAGGUGAAGGUUCUCCGAUUUCUGAACGAUCCAAAUUUAGUUUCUUCUAUGAAAAGAGACGACUGUGGAACUUCUUUACUGUUAUAACGUUAGUUUAUUUUUAUUCAUUUAAAGCAUCUUACUGAUGUGGUUAUUUUAAUGCAAAAAAAUAAUUUUCACACGUGAAGAUGUUUUCUUUAAAUUUAUCCAGACUUUAUAGAUAUGAGAUAUUGUUUACAUUUAUAUAAUGUUUAAAGUUUACCCACAUGUCAUGUUUUGUGUUUGCUCUUAGUAUAAACUCUCAGCAUCAACCACAAUGUUUUUAAAGACAUUUACUUUUAUUUUAGUAUGUGUUUUUUGGUUAUGAAAAUUCCAUAAUAAGUUCCGUGUUAUUUGUGCAUUUUUAUGUUCCCUUCCUUGAUAUUCUGGCCGGGGUAAAAGAAAAGGUGAUUCGUUUAAUUAGAUGAUAUUAAAUAAGAGAGAAAUACCUGAAACUACUCUUCUUUCUGAUGGAUUAGUAUUUUUACAGAACUUUGUUGUUUUUAGAAGAAGAAUAUAUGUACAGUUUUUGUUUGUAAAUAUUAAGGUUAAAAUAAAUAUGAAAAAAUUAAGAAAGCUUCAGUAGUAUAGACAGUUUCAUCACUAUAGUAAAAGCAUAUGAUGUACAUUAUCUUGUGCAUUCAUGGAGUUCUUAUACGUGUAGAUGUUUCAUUUUAUAUUUUCAUUUGGAUAGUGUGAAUCACAUUAGUUUUUGUGUAAAGUUAUUUUCAUAACCACAGCAAGAAUGACAAUGUUUUUAAUAUGUACUGACAAAAAAGGACAGUUCGUUCAUAAGAAAAAGUAUAAAUAGUUGACUGUUGGGAGUUAAUACAUUUCAUUUAUUGCUUUCUGAUUCAUAACAUUUUUUUUUAUCAGUUUCUUGAGUUUCACUGAGAAUUCAAGGUUUUCCAGUUAUAUAUACAUAUAGCCUGUUGAGUGAAGAAUAUAUAUUUUCCUAAACUAUCGGAAAUAGGCUAAACAUCAUAGCAUAUAUAUUUAUGCAUUAUUAUUGACAUUUUAAAUUGAUUUUAAUAUUUCAUUGAAUAAAAAUUUAAAGUUAUA